AUUAGAAAAUACGGAUUAAAAUCGAUUAAAAUAAGCGAAGCGUAAAAUACAUUAUCAAGAAUUUUAAAAACAAAACACUUUUUGGUUAAACGGCAAAGAAAUAAGACAAAAUGGGCUUAUGGAAAAAAAUGUUAAAUGUUGCCGUCUGUCUUUUGUUUUUUUUUCAGGUGCAAGCCGAUGGUCAAAAAUCGAGACGUGAUUUAUCGAGCCUUAUAAAUCUGUUAAGUCAAAAACAAUCCGGUAACAGGCAGCCUCUUCUCGUCAUACUAGAAACUGGUUCCAAAAGGAAUGCUGAAAAAGAUCAGAAGUAUCGUGCUGGUUCUCCGGAAACCAGCGAUGAAUAUGGAAUAGGACAUAUACCGCAUCUAUUGUUACAACAUAAGGUAAAAAACCUGUUAAAGAAAAGUACAACGAAAUCAUAUGUCCAAUUGAAAAAUGAGGCGAAGCAGUUACACCGACUCCAAAAACUUCGAGACAAUCAAGAACUACGAUUAAAUGAUAAGAACGUACUAAGAUCACCAAUUGUAAAGCAACUACUUCGAAUCUCAAAUAGAAUUCAAUGCGAAGCGAAAGACGAAUGUCAAGAUAAAUGCGGUAACAGAUAUAAAGGUAAAAAGGUUGUAACAUGUAACAUGCAAUGUGAAGUCAAAUAUGAAUGUGAGGAGGAAGAAUAUAGGGAUCCUUGUGAACAAGGAGGCUGUGAUUCUUGCGGUAAUUCACUUGAAUGCCUCAUGAGUACGAGAGGUGAACGCCUUGUCACCGAAGAAACCAAAUGCAAACGUUGUUGAAUUAAACUUUGGGCUCAUU